GCCCCGCCCCCGCCGCGCACUUCCCGCCACGGCCCCGGGCGGAAAGACUGACCGGAUCCGCUCUGCUUUUGCGCCCCAGAGAACGGGCGGGGCCUCGAGGGAGCGCUCUGCGAACUGACCUUGAAAACCGACAUACCCGUUGUGUUUGUGAAACGGAGAAAGCUAGGCGGCCAUGGUCCAACCCUGAAGGCUUAUCAGGAGGGCAGACUUCAAAAUCUACUGAAAAUGAACGGCCCCGAGGAUCUCCCCGAGUCCUAUGACUAUGACCUCAUCAUCGUUGGAGGGGGCUCAGGAGGACUGGCGGCCGCUAAGGAGGCAGCCAAAUAUGGCAAGAAGGUGAUGGUCCUGGAUUUUGUCACUCCAACCCCUCUUGGAACUAGAUGGGGUCUCGGAGGAACAUGUGUGAAUGUGGGCUGCAUACCUAAAAAACUGAUGCACCAAGCAGCUUUGUUAGGACAAGCCCUCCGAGACUCUCGAAACUACGGGUGGAACGUCGAGGAGAUAGUGAAACAUGACUGGGAGAGAAUGACAGAAGCUGUCCAGAAUCACAUUGGCUCUCUGAACUGGGGCUACCGUGUGGCUCUGCGGGAGAAAAAGGUCACCUAUGAGAACGCAUACGGGCAGUUUGUUGGGCCUCAUAGGAUUAAGGCAACAAACAACAAAGGCAAAGAGAAGAUUUAUUCUGCAGAGAGAUUUCUCAUUGCCACUGGUGAAAGGCCACGUUAUUUGGGCAUCCCUGGUGACAAAGAAUACUGCAUCAGCAGUGAUGAUCUGUUCUCUUUACCCUAUUGCCCGGGUAAGACCCUGGUGGUUGGAGCAUCCUACGUUGCUUUGGAAUGUGCUGGAUUUCUUGCUGGCAUUGGUUUAGAUGUCACUGUUAUGGUACGGUCCAUUCUCCUAAGAGGAUUUGACCAGGACAUGGCCAACAAAAUCGGUGAACAUAUGGAAGAACAUGGUAUCAAGUUUAUAAGACAGUUUGUACCAAUAAAAGUUGAACAAAUUGAAGCAGGGACACCAGGCCGACUCAGGGUGGUAGCUAAGUCCACUGAUAGUGACAAAACCAUCGAAGGAGAGUAUAAUACGGUAUUGCUGGCAAUAGGAAGAGAUGCUUGCACAAGGGAAAUUGGCUUAGAAAACGUGGGGGUAAAGUUAAAUGAACAGACUGGAAAAAUACCUGUCACGGAUGAAGAGCAGACCAGCGUGCCUUACAUCUAUGCCAUUGGCGAUGUGUUAGAGGGGAAGCUGGAGCUCACCCCAGUGGCAAUCCAGGCAGGAAGGUUGCUGGCGCGGAGGCUGUAUGGGAGCUCCACUGUCAAGUGUGACUAUGAAAAUGUUCCAACGACCGUUUUCACUCCUUUGGAAUAUGGUGCUUGUGGUCUUUCUGAAGAGAAAGCUGUGGAGAAAUUUGGGGAAGAAAAUAUUGAGGUUUACCAUAGUCACUUUUGGCCAUUGGAAUGGACGAUUCCAUCAAGAGAUAACAACAAAUGUUAUGCAAAAAUAGUCUGCAAUAUCAAAGACAGUGAGCGUGUUGUGGGCUUCCACGUACUGGGUCCAAAUGCUGGAGAAGUUACCCAGGGCUUCGCAGUAGCUCUCAAGUGCGGGCUGACCAAAGACCAGCUGGACGGCACCAUCGGAAUCCACCCCGUCUGCGCAGAGGUAUUCACGACACUGUCGGUGACCAAGCGCUCGGGGGAGAACAUCCUCCAGACCGGUUGCUGAGGUUAAGCCCCAGUGUGGGUGCUGCUGCCAGGACUCCAAACCACUGACGUAUUUCUUGCCCAAGUCCAAGGCGAAGUUUGCGGAAGGUUCUGGGGCUUCAGCAGCCACGUGUCCUGUGCUUAGAGCCCCGAGGCCCCCUUGGAUCUCAUGGGCCGGAGGUGACGCGUGGGUGGCAGGCAGCAUCGCACUGGGGUCAGCAUGACGCACUCGAAACUGGCUUUCGGCAGCGCUUCGCAGAGGGGCGUCCAUGAAGUCACCAGCCUCAAGCCCGCGCGGUGGGUGGUGAUGGAACCGUCGAAGCAGUUUUUGCAUGGCCUUUCCUUUGUAGGUUUUCUUAUUCUCACUGUCAACCUUUCUCAGGUUGGUUAUUUUUUUUUUCUCCGCCGUGUUAGUGAAAGUAGAGAUGAUAGCAGACAGUUUUUAUCCAAAAGCAAGUCGUGGCCCCCGUGUGCAAAUAAGGUGGCUCGUUGCUGGGACGGCGCACUGUGGCUCCUAGGCUUGUCCCGGGGAGAGAGCAUCUCCCCAAAACAAGUGGUCACCACUGGCCAGGUGUGCUCCCAGGCACUAUACCACUGAUGAUGAAAUGGCUACCUGGCCAGCCUGUUAGGAGGAAUAUUCCAAUGCAGGGAACUUGGUCGUACAGUGUGAUCUCCACUGUUCUUCAUCACGGAGGCAGAUGCACAGCCGAAAUGGGGAAAAACAAUAAAUGUCGUUGUUUAGUCCAUUGUGUGCUGGUCUAAGUGAGCUGAGAUCUUUUGCAAUGGGAAACAUUUAACGCUUGUUUAAAGACUUUUUGGGGGGUGGCUUUUGCUUUAAGCUAAAAUCACAAAAUACUACAGCUUUAUUUUUCAUGUGUGUUAUGCAUCUAUCCCUUCCUAAGAACUAUAUUCAUAGGAGAAAUGUCUUUCCACACUUAACAAUUUAACUCUUGUGGUAAUUACUUUUUUAAAGAAAGCUGUUAAUAUCAUAAUUUAUUAUUUUUGAACACAGGUGGAUGUGAAGGACUUUCGUGUAAAAACCAAAUGGUUUUGGCUUUUUCUGUUGACUGUACUUGGUGGAAUUUGGGCAGAAGUGUUUCUGCUCCAUUAGCAUUCCAACUCGUAUUAUCACAAAGAGGUAUUAACCCUACAGUUACAGAUUUCUGCCUAAAUGUACUGGCGACGGAUCAUAUUUAGGCCGUUUUCCCACUACAGAAGUUGGAUUUUAAACAUGUUGUGGACGUCAGACCUCCCACCAGCAGUUCUUGUAGCUCCUUUUUCAUUCCCUCCCCUCUGUGUGUGUGUCUCGCUACAGCACUGAGUGGUUGAUUGAAAGUACGUUUCUCCGUCACCUCAGGGAACUCAGUGCCUGCCCAGCAUUUAGUCAGCAGAUCCCCUGACCCUGUCUGCCUCACAGCCCUGCCUCACCCUCCGUCCCAUCUGGCUGUGUGGAGACAAUGGGAAAAGGAAAAGAGGGGAGGGGAAUCGCGACAGCUGACUGUGUUCAGUUUUCUUUAUUUAUUUUUAAAUUUGUUUUUUUCUCCAAGUCUGCCAAUCUCUGAAAUUAGAAGAUAGGCAGUACGGGGUGAUCAUGCCUAAUCAUGUUGUGAUUCUGUCUUCUUUGUGGAAUAGAAUGUUCUGCCCGCACGAGAAGGAUUCUGCUUUAUAGACCUGUCUGCGUAAUUGCCCAGUGUAUCAGAACUCGUAUUAAAUUCCGUGUAUUUUUGUUACAAAUCUUCUGAAAAGAAACCAUGUGAAACCUUAAAAGCUGUUAAUAUCCA